GCACUCUCUCUUUUCUAUGACAUCACACGCGCAGUUCCAACAUGGCGUCGGGCCGGCUGCUGCUGCUCCAGGAGGAGAGGGAGGUCCAGGAGGAAACGGCUCAGCUCGACUUUUGCCUCCACAAACACUCACUGCUCAUCGUCGUGGGACGCAGCGUGGAGCAGGGACACGCCGCGGGACACGUCGGACAGGACAUUGAACGAGGUCUUCGCUCGUGGGACAUAGAUUUAAAAAGCUGUAAUCUGAACCUUUACCUGCAGGAGUUCUUGUCCCACCACACGGCGUCGUUCAAAGGCUCUGGUCACACGUGUCUUCGUCACAGCUCCAGGUGUCUGGACGUCCAUGUGGUCAUCAGUCCGACUCAGGAGCAGGUUCACACAGAGGUGUCCUCGCUUCUGUCCCGGGACUCGGCUCAUAAACUCCUGAUUUUGGCGGGUCAGAGUUUGGAGGAAACGGGAGAUCUUCUGUUUCAUCAGGGCCUGUUCUCUGCUCAGCAGCUCAAACACAUCCUGCAGCAACAGUUGGCGGGUGGAGGACGCUCCUGCUCCAACCUCCACCUGACCCUGAGCUGUCCCAACAUCGGCCACUGGAGGCAGACUUUACUGGAGCUCCAGGGCCCGUUCUCUCUGCACAUCAACCCUCCGCAGAUCCACCCCGUCCUGGACGCCAUGGGGGACUUCAGCUCCCUCGUGUCCAGCACCGUGUCCCCCGUGUCCCCCUUCGACCUGCUGCCUCCCCCGUCCACCGUGGGCUUCCUCAAACUGUCCCGUCCCUGCUGUUACGUGUUCCCGGCGGGACGGGGGGACUGUGCCUUCUUCGCCGUAAACGGGUUCACGGUUUUGGUGGACGGAGGGUCGGAAUCUCAGGCCUGUUUCUGGAAACUGGUGAGACACUUGGAUCGAGUGGACGCGGUUUUACUGACGCACGUCGGGACGGAGAAUCUCCCAGGAGUCAAUGCGUUUCUCCAAAGAAAAGUGUCCGAGCUGGAGCUGAGGGCAGAGGUCAAAGACGACUCGUCCAAGAGGCUGAUCUCCCCGGAGCUGGGAGUCGUUUUCUUUAACGCCCCCGACAGGCUGCAGCCAGAAUUACACAAUGUGGACAAUGUUUUGAAGAGCUCUCAGCAGGGAGCUUUAACCGUGCAGCUGCUGAAGAAGCUCGACAUCAAACCACAUCCAAUGAUCCGCCCCAACACGGCCCCGAUCGAACCAAUGACCCUUUUCCAGAAGAUGGGAGUGGGACAACUGGACCUGUUCAUCAUCUCCCCGAGUAAAAACAGCCAGGAGUAUCAGACCUUCAUGCAGAACUGGCCCGACGCCGCGUCCUCGGCCAAAUCUUUACCUCUCAGCGCGUUAGCUUCAGUUUGUGCUCUGCUCGUGUGGCAUCCUGCGUGUCCCCAGGAGAAAGUCGUCAGAGUUUUGUUUCCUGGUGUCACUCCACAAGCAAAAUUAAUACAAGGACUCGAAAAACUGAAAGGGUUGGAGUUUUUGCAAAAGCCAACGGUAACAACGGGAGAUUUUGAGCAAUUUGGAGCAGAGAAGAAAAGCAAAAGAGCAGACAGUCAGGACAGUGUGAAGUCGGUUGGUAAAGACAUAAGAAAAAUCGUCAAAUCGGUCAAAGAGGACGCAAAGGAGAAAGGGAAAGUUAUGAACGGGGCUGAUAAAACUAAAAAGGAGGGUAAAAAAGCGCCGCUGACAGAUAGAAAUACUCUGAAGAAAAAAGAUCUUAAGGGGAAAGAGGAAAGUAAAGAUCUGACUGCACCCAAACCUAAAACAGACAACAAAACAAAACUGAAAAAAGAUGCAAAAAAUGACUCAAAAACAACAGCAAAGAAGAGUAAAAAAGCAUCAGGCAAAGAGGCGAGUGGAGGCGUAAAAAGGUCAGAAACUGAAGUCUCAAAUAAAAAUGCAACGAAACAAGAAGAAAAGAUCCAAGAGAAAAAUGAAAAAGUCGAAGAAAAUGAGGAGCAGCCAUCUUGUUCCAAAGUAUCAACGCCCGAAGACAUGACGGAGGAGUUUCGUCAGCUGAGGGAGGAGACGGCGAGAGAGGCGGAGCUCAAAGAAACGGCAAAGUCGACCGAAAAUCAACUCAGCAAAGAAACUAAAAGUGCUGAAAACGCAAAACAAGAUACGACAAACUGUGUGAUCAAAGAGCAGAGUGAGGAAAACAUCAAACCUGCCAAAGUUGCUGGAUUUCCAUGUCCACUUAAAAAUGAACCAAGUGUCCCCCAAGACAUAACCCCAACGGAGUACACUCUGCUGGACGGGGCGCUACAGCACAGCCCCCCGGUUGUUACGCCCAAAUCUUCACCUGAAACUAACCAGGCUCCGGUCAGUCCAGAGGAGGCCACGGUGGAGAACGCGUCACCCGAAUCUCGACCCAACAGCGCAGGACACACCCCGUACUGUCUGUCCCCCGACGACGUGUGGGGCAAUCGCGGCGCGCUCAGUCGAAUACAGAUGGGCGGCGUCGAGUCCAGCGACGGAAGCGACGGGACAAGUUCAUCAAAAGAGCAAAGCGAAAAACCCAAAAGUAACAAAGAAAAGCAUCUGAGUUUUAUGACUUUGGGGACUUUGAAGGAAGCGUCCGAUCCGUCUCCGUCUCUAACGACCACGACGACCACGCACUCGAUGCCCGCCGAAGUCAGCUCUCCCCAGUCGACCGAAGUGGACGAGUCGCUGUCCAUGUCCUUUGAGCAAGGUCCAAGCCAGAAAGAGGGAGACGAGUCAGUCACGCAUCACUCAAGCUCAAACGGCGGCCAUUUUGUCGGUUUGUCUUUACAGAUGAAGAAACCGCCGCGAUCUUUAGGCUCAGAAAUGUCCCGUCCGCCCAAUUCGCUCCAAGUCGAGACAUCGCCCCAUGACGUCGACUUGUGUUUAGUUUCGCCUUGUGAGUUUAAACAUUUCAAAGCGCCUGACUCCGCCUCCAAUAGUGACCAAUCCAAAGGGGGGAGCCAUCACCAUAGCAACAACAAUAACCACAAAGACGCCUCCCCGAGCGAAUCAAACGCCCCGGUCGGAACGGAAGACUGUCCCUCGACGACGGCGGACGCGGUUUUAGAUUCAGAUGAUGAUGACGAUUCUUGUAGCGAACCGUCAAACUCUCCUCGGGACAUCCGCCCCGGACAGUCCCUCCCCCCGGACCCUCUCCCCGCCCCCUUGAGGGACGGUCCGCCUCUGCCCCCGCACCCCGAAACCACGAUGCCCAUCCCGCAAUCUGAGACGGACGCUCAGGCCAAGAGAGCUAAAGCCGGAAGCAUCAAGGGCAAAAAGUCAGCGGUGGUGGAGACUUUGCACAGGCCCAGUUCAGGAAAAAAACAAAACCAAAGUGGAGCAAAAGGGUCAAAGGAGAAUCUGUCUUCUGCUCGAACGUCGUCCUCCAGCCUCAAAACAACAACGGCCAAAUCUGCUCCAGGCCCAGUUCCUAAGUCUGCCUCCGGGGGCGAUGUGAGCGUGUACGUGGACCUGGCGUACAUCCCGUCUGGACCGUCCACCUCGACGGUCACUGUGGACUUCUUCAGGUGUGUGCGCUCCUCCUGUUACAUCAUCAGCGGAGACGCGCCUGAGAGGGAGGAGGUCAUGAGGCAAACGCUCGACGCUUUACUGGACGGAAAAUCCUCCUGGUCCGACGCGGCGCAGGUCACAGUCAUCCCUACCUUCGAGUCGGGGUCCAUGCAGGAGUGGUACCAGCAGACUCUGGACCGACAGAGGGAGCUGAACAUCACCGUCCUGGGCUCCAACAGCACCGUGGCCAUGCAAGACGAGACCUUCCCCGCCUGCAAGAUCGAGUUCUGAGUUCGGCCGCACCAAACGAGAAAAACAAGCCCGAGUUAAACAUCUUCAGUGAAUAAAAAAUAUCAGGACAGAUCCUCACAUAUAAAGCUUUUUUACUCGGCUAAAACACACGACCUUUAUCCUUCCUCAGAGCACGAAACGCUCCGAGAAAAAAGCUUUAUCCUGGAUUUCCUUUUCCUUGUGAUUUUAAAACGCUGAUUUCUGGACAAUAUUGAAAAUACCUGAAUGUGAACAGACUCAACGACCUCGGCUCUUCUGUGUUUGGUGUUUGCCGAUCUCUCCCACAAACUCCCACAAACUCCCACAAACUCCGCCAAACUCCCACAAACUCCCACAA